AAUGCAGCAGAACAGACAAAAACUCAACCCUCCUCCCAUGUUUCGACCAAAGUCUUGUCCCCAGGAUACUCUAACUCUUAGCCCUCACAAAAGCACUGUGCAAAUGUGCCACACUUCCUCUCGGCUGAAUGUCAUUGCCUCUGUGCACGCGUGUGUGCAUGUGUGUGUGGGCGGUUUUGGGUGGUUUACGAGGACAUUUUCUUUAGGUUACAAACUGGUAAUUACAGUUUUAUGCCAUAAAUGUGGUUUAUGAGGACAUUUCUAGUGUCCCCAUAAUUCAAAUCGCUUACAAAACAUACUAAACGAUGUUUUUUUGAAAAUGUAAAAAUGCAGAUUUAUUUAUUUUUUAUUAUUUAUUUUUUUUGUGAGGGCUAGAUUUAGGGGUAGGGUUAGGGUUAGGGGAUAGAAUCUAUAGUUUGUACAGUAUAAAAAUCAUUAUGUCUAUGGAGAGUAAUCAUAAGGAUAGCCACACCAGCGUGUGUGUGUUCUGCUGCAUUUUAAAAGCAUGAACAUCUACAUCUGCAUUACAUACACAGCAGCUGGGUAUUAGUCUCUCAUCAAAUGCAUGUAGCGAGGGUGACCUUCAAAAACCUCAGCUCCACCCCAGCUUUGGAGCACUCACAAUAUUCUCCUAUCAUCCCUCUGAGGUAACCUUUAGUGUACUGUUGAGUUAACCUGCCAUUAUGUGGCUAUAGAGAUGAGAUGUGUUACACAGAUGUUUGAAUGUUUGUGUUAAAUGUCUGUCCUUUGGAUGGAUUUUGAAUGAGCUGAUAUGAAUUCAGAUGCAAUAUAGUCAGUUUAGUGGAUUCAUUCUGAACUCAAGUGAACCUCAAUCUAAAUAAUAAGGAUGAUAAUAAUAAUAAAAGUUUAUGUAGUGUCAGAAAAGUGCUAUAUAAAUGUAACAUUCAUUCAUGUUUUUGUUUUUGAGUUUAAAUACUGUAGAAAUGACUCUAAUCCCUCCCAAAUCAGAUGUUUGUUGUCAUACACAUGUGAUGCUACAUUACAGUUGUAACUGUUUAUUCUCUAGUCUGUCUGUUCAUGGUUUCAGUUUUUAUACCCCUGUAAACAAAUGUCAAUUUGUUUAUCUGUUGUUAAAGUUUUCUUGUUUGGAUGAUAUCGAUCAGUGUUGAUAUGGGUUGCCAGCUCUGCAUUUACCUUGUGAUGCAAAUGUCCCAAUUUAGCUUACUUCUGGAAGAUCAAAAAGACAUUUGGUGACAGAGGGCGAAUAGGCAUGGAUAUUGUUCUCUGCUGUAUAAGAAGACACAGGUCAGGAUAUUUUACCCCAUGAACACUAGUUGGGAUCCGCGGCAACAUUGACUGCUGUUUUUCGCAGACACUCUUUUACAGAAACUGCACACAUAAUAGUGUGUACAUACUACAAUGCCCACUUCUUAUCAAUCCAGAUAGGCUAUAUGCUAAUGGACAUUGAGAGUAUGCUUUAUAUCAAACAAAUCCAAUAAUUUUUGUAUGUUCUGCAUGGAUGAUCCAAGUUAUUGUACUGAAGUCUUCCAAAAAAAAAAAAAAAAAAAAAAAAAGGAAAAAUAAA